UUGGACGGACGGUGCGGCGGCGGCGGCUGCUGCUGCUAUCCUCCUUCCUUAUGCUCCCCGCACCAUUUGCUGUACUUCAUCUUCCUAUCCCUGCCGAUCCUCCCCAGAAAAGAGCAGCAUUGUGCUGGUGCAAGACCGCAGAGCCAUGGCAGCGGCGCCCAUCCAUUGUGCUAGGGCGGGUGUGCCUUCUAUGACCUUUGAAUAUUGUGUUGGUUCAUCUUCAAGAAUCACAUUCUCAUACUAUAAAUACUGUGCAACAUUGGAGUCACAUCUACACCAAAACAAAUUUCAAGACCACAGUCGAUUGAUUCAGUAUCGGGUAUUCAUUUUGCCACGAUCAUCACUAGAAAAACGAGCCUGUGAACAUUUGGUCCAUGGCAUGGAUGAACAAUGGACCGAUCAUUCUUCUUACUCACAGCCAUUCUCAAGUGCACAACCAUCUACACAAAAGAGGGAUGUGAAGAAGUUACUGCAAGAUCAUUCAUCUUGUCAACCAUCAACUCCACAAGGUGACGUUUAUACUACCGGGUUGUCGAUGAAGGAAAUUGAAAGAAGACGAAAGAUUGGUGCGGCAAACAAGGGGAAAGUUCCCUGGACAAAGGGGAGGAAAUUAAGCAAAGAGCACAAGGAGCUCAUCAAGCAACGGACUACUGAGGCUCUUAGAGAUCCUAAGGUUAGGAAGAAAAUGCUAGGACAUCGUCAAUUGCAUAGACAAGCAAGCAAAGACAAGAUAAGUGCUGCACUGAGAAAGAUCUGGGAGAGGCGAAUAGUAUCUGUCAAAGCAAGACAAGAGGUUAUUCGUACAUGGUCAAAUAACAUUGCAGCAGCAGCAAAACAAGGUGACUACUGGCAAGAUAAGCUGGAUUGGGACAGCUAUGACAGGAUAAAAUCUGAGAUGAUAUCUACGUUCCUAUGGAACAAAGUGAGGGAAAAAAUAAUCAAGAAACUUAACAGAGCAGAGGCGAAAAUUGUAGCCAAGAAGCUUCAAGCAGCAGAGAGAAGUAAACUACAGAGUAGAGGGAUAAACAAGUUGCAACGUGAGAAGUUGGUUCUACGAAAAUCAGAUGCUGAGCUAACACGAGUGGUAGUAUCUACAAGGCCAAAACUUAAGGAGCGAUUAACCAAGUGGCAUGAUCGCAAAAAGGAACUCGAGACCAUGAUACAUUCACGGAAAAGGAAAGGAGUGGGGUUACGAAGUUCAAUACCAAGACGAAAGGCAGCAGAGCGGCGAGCAGAAGUGGAUUUGGUGGAGGAGGUAUGCAUAACUUGCAAAGAUAGGCUUCCUUGCGAAAUUCACCACCAAGGCGAAACGCAACCGACUGAGCUGUUCGGAGAGUAGGUUGCAUGCAUGCAGAGAACGGUUCAUGCUCAGAAUCAUUGAUUCAGACAUGUAGUGAAGGCGUAUCAUUACUCUUUAAAAGUUGAGGAUGAACAGUGUAUGUGAUGUGUUUAUUUCAAGUGAUCAAUGUGUAUCAAGGUUUUUAAUGCGAAGUGUGUCCCUGUUGAAUGGUUUUGAUAAAUACUGCAUGAUUCGGUGGCAUCGGUUAAUCCUGUGGUGCUAGCCGGAAGGGCCCUAGGCUUUUCUCAGUUCCACAUCGUAGAAAUUCUUCUAGUUUCGAGCCAACUC